AUGGCGCCUAAGCUUGUCCCUGACUACGAGGUCAAGAUUCUGAUCAAGCCCUCGGAAGUGCUGACCUCAAAUAACAAGCUCGACAGCGCCAUCGUAACAGAGUUUCAUGUCGAGUCGAGCGCCAAGAAGAUGAACAUCCAAUUUCUCGACACAAAGGAACGAGACCUCUAUACCAGUGGCUGGAAUCUUCGCAUUCGAAAAGAAGAAGGAGAAGAGGACUUUGAGUUGACGUACAAGAAGCGCUAUGCAAUUGACGAGGGAGAUGCGAGAAUCGCGGGAGGUAGCAUCGACAUGGCACUGGAGACGGCUCUGCAGGAAGGGUUCGACACCACAACAGUGUACAAAGCCCAGGUUGAAGUAGGAUACCAGAAGCAGACUCUCUCCGUCAGCUCCGACGUGAAGGUUUCCGCCAAGGAUUUCGACGGAAUGGAGCUGCCACGUGUGGACGACUCGCGCAUAUUCCUCAGCACCAACGCGCCCAGCAAAUUCAGGAACUGGGUGAGAGACAGUUGGGGUACGGAUCAUGUCCAGAAAUCCAUCAUUUAUGGCCCGGUACACGCAAAGAGGUUCAAAGGCAGAUGGGACGGAUCCAAGCUCUUCAUUGAAGUAUGGCCAAUUCGAAAGAGCGAAACGGACGCGACACUUGAACCAAUUGUCGAGGUGUCUUUCAAGACGCCUGAUGUCCAAAAAGCUCUGGAGGGACGAGCCAAGAUUCUGGAACUUUUCCAGAAGAAAGGCUGGCUCCUCCCCGAAGACUCCUCAAAGACGAAGUUGAUUAUGGAGCGGUAUGGUUGCUCCAGCAUUUAG